AAUAGCUAUAAAAUGGUAAAUUCUCUCAAUAAAUCUGAUCUAGGAAGACUACAAUUCAUUCAUUGGUAAAUUCGUGAAGAUCAAGACUAAGACGAACGAGAUCAUUAAGGGAGUAAUCUACUGAUACUACUGGGAUACGAAGUUACUCUUCAUCAAGCCAGAGGGCGAGAUCGAAAACCACAAUACCGAUGACGUUGAAUAUUUCAAUGGAAGUCCAAAAGAGACUGAAUAUGUCAUUAUUAAUGCUCAGCAUAUCAUCUCUAUCUCUAAACUCGGAACAGAAGCCGCUCCUGAAGACAUUGUCGCUAAACUCGAUAUCCCAAUGGAGGGUGAUAAAGGAUACAAGUUUAAUCGAAGUUCUAAAGUUGUAGAGGAGCAGGUAGAGAAAACCAAUAAAAUCUGGAUGGAAUAUGUCAAAGAGUACUUAAAGAGUCAUGAACAAC